UACAGAACUUCCCUGGUUUCUUUUCAGACCCUGGAAAUGGAGUGACUUCUGCUUUUAACCCCACAAAACACAUAUCCUCCCUUGUUUGUACAGCUGUGACCUUGAACGGCAAACAUGCCAGAAUGGCUGGAGAAGUUCAGGAGAAUUGUUACAGUGGAGCCGGUGAUUUUCUUCUACAUGACCAGCACCUUCAUCAUGCUGCCGGCAUACCAACAGCUGGUCAUUGACAAGGUGUGCCAGGAACUACAUGGAGGCACCUGCAACGGCCAUGAAGAUGAUAAAGAGGUCGAGUCUCAGACCUCCUAUAUGCUUCUUCUCUACACGGUCAUCCUCAGCUUGGUCUCUGUAACCCCGGCAAUGAUGCUGGGCUCAUGGUCAGACCACGCUGGCCGCAGGUGUGUGAUGGUGCUGCCCUUCUUACUCUCUCUUCUGAGUGGUGGGGUGCUGGUGGCCAUGGUGUUGGUGCAGAGCAUGAGUGUCUACUGGUGCCUGUUGACCGCCGGCCUUUUAGGCCUCACCGGCGGCCACGUCUCCAUCUUUCUCAGCUCCUUCAGCUACUUGGCCGAUGUCACCAUGGACUCUGCCUCCAGCAGGACGCUGCGCAUGGCUGUGGCUGAGGCCAUGAUCUUUGUUGGAGGCAUGGUUGGCUUCCUCCUGAGUGGCUUCCUAGAGCAGGAGUUUAACUUGUUGGCAGCUUUUGUGGCCUACCUCUGCUGCUCUGUUUUAGCCAUCCUCUAUAUCCUACUGUGGCUGCGAGAUCCUAGAGUCACUAGUGUUGUGAUCUUCCCUCCUAAAGAGGAUGGAGGGCCAGAUUCUGAAAACCGCCAAUCUGGGCUGUUUAUUCUGAAGUAUGCCAAGAUGUCGUUUAAGGCAGUGUUCAGAAGAAGGUCGGGCCAGGAUAGGCUGAAGCUACACUUACUCAUCCUGUGCUCAUUCAUAAACAACCUGGUGGCUGUCGGGGAGCAGUCUAUCUUGCUGCUUUAUUUGAAGUAUAAGCCCAGAGAGUUCACCACAGCGAUGUUUGGGGUGUUUAACUCUGCCAAAAUGCUGUUGCUGGGCUUUGGGCUUCUGGGUCUGUUCCCUCUGUUGAUGCGUUGCUUCAGGGAGAUGACUUUGGCCAAACUCAGCGUGGCUUUCAAAGCUGCCUCCUACGUCCUGCUGGCGUUUUCUGCCAACACAUGGAUGGUCUUCCUGGUGGCUGUAGUGGCAACUCCUGCUGGGAUAACACAAGCUGUGAUUCGAUCUAUGUCUUCUGCCAUCGUGGGACCUGAUGAACAAGGUGCCAUGUUCUCCUUCUCAGCCUCAGUGGAGGCCACAUGCUUCUUCAUUGCUGCCUUCAUAUUCAAUGGCCUCUACCCACUGACCCUGCCCACCUUUCCUGGCAUGCCCUUCAUCGUCAUGGCUGGCUUCAGCAUCAUCGUCCUCAUCCUCAUGCAGUGGAUCAGUGAGAUGCCAGUCACUCAUCAUCGUCUGCUGCUUCAGGACUGAACCCUCUCUGUUUCACAUAUACUGUCUCACACACAUGGAUUUUUAAUGACCACUCAUAAUCUGCUAUUUUAUGACAUGGC